AUGUUCGCAAAUAACUAAAUUAGUGAUAAGCCACACAACUUAUGUUAGCUCCCUCGCUAAAACCAUCGAUGCUGCUAAUAUAGGCCAUUUCCGGUGGCUCAGCCGGCCAACUAUUCAAAACAAAAGAUAAUUGAUCGCAGACUAUAUUCUUACAUUCCAAUAACAGAAGACUGAUUAACUUUUUAAACCGUGGAGAAAAAUGGCUUGGCGUUUUAAAGCCUCCAAAUACAAAAAUGCGGCACCAAUCGUGCCUAAACCAGAGACUUGUAUUAGAGAUAUUUGUGUCGGGUCAUAUCAGACUUAUGGGAACAAUAUUUGCGCUUCGGCCGCCUUUAUGGCGUUCAACUGGGAGCAUGUGGGGUCCAGCAUGGCCGUGCUGCCACUUGACGACUGCGGACGGAAAAGCAAGACCAUGCCGCUGCUCCAUGCACACUCCGAUACCAUAACCGACAUGGAGUUCUCUCCAUUCCAUGAUGGGUUACUGCUGACUGGAUCCCAGGAUUCCUUGGUGAAAGUCUGGCACAUCCCCCCAGAAGGGUUGAAAGAGUCUCUCUCGACCCCAGAGUGCACUCUAUCCCAGAAGCAAAGGAGGGUUGAGAACGUUGGCUUCCACCCCGUGGCUGAUGGGCUUAUCCAUGUAGCAUCAGGCCAUGAACUGGCUCUGUGGGACUUGACUAAGCAAAAAGAAGCUUUUGUAAAUAGAGACCAUGCAGAAGUCAUCCAGUCUACGUCAUGGAAAAAAGAUGGCAGACUGCUAGCAACCUCGUGCAAGGACAAGAAAGUCCGCGUGAUCGACCCGCGCGCCGCCAGCCCUAUUCUGGAAGUGGCCAACAGCCACCAGAACAUCAAGGAUAGUAGGGUGGUUUGGCUCGGAGAUCAGGACAGGAUACUUACUACUGGCUUCGACUCGGCCCGCCUUCGUCAGAUCAUGAUCCGCGACAUCCGCAACUUAUCUCAGACCCAGAAAACUUUAGAACUGGACUGCUCCACCGGCAUCCUCAUGCCUCUUUUCGACGCUGAUACCAACAUGCUGUUCUUGGCUGGGAAAGGGGAUACGACCAUACUGUAUAUGGAGCUGACGGAUCGGGAGCCGUACCUUAUUGAGGGGCUGAGGCAUUCUGGCGAGCAGACCAAGGGCGCGUGCCUAGUUCCGAAGCGUGCAUUACGCGUGAUGGAGGGCGAAGUAAAUCGUGUGCUGCAACUCACGGGCUCGUCCGUCGUGCCCAUCAUGUACCAGGUGCCCAGGAAGAGCUACCGCGAGUACCAUGCUGACCUGUACCCUGACACAAGCGGGUGCAUGACGUACCUCAGCGCGCCCAUGUGGCUCGAUAACCAGGACUACCCUGUGCCGAACAUCUCGCUGCACCCUAACGCCAACAACUGUACCCAGGUGCACAGAGGUAAUCUAGAAGAAGUGGUGAAAGCAGUCCUAGCGAUGCCUCCUCCAAAGAAGACUGAUACCAAAAAGGCGACCACGCCAGCGCAAAUUGAAGAACCUUCCAAACCAGUUCAGAAAGCACAACCGACGCCCGAACCAAAAGACGAAGACCGCAUUGACUUUGUCAACGUAAAAGACCUAAUCAAAGGCAUGGAGCGACAGAAGAAUAAAGAACCAACCACAGAUGUGAAAGAGACAAAUGGCUUCCACAAGAAAAUCACCGACAAUGGGCACGAUUACGAAAAAAAGACGGAAGAUGUCGACACUGAAAAGAGCGACGCGAGUGACUGCACCGAAAAGACGGAGAAGACCGUUGAAAAGACUGAAAAGACUUUCGAAAAGACUGAUAGUUCGGAGUCUACUGAGUCUUCUUUGUCGCGGAGUAAUAGUUUGAUUAACGGCGUUCAAGUGCCGAAGCCGCUGCCUCGAUCUUCGAUUUCUGAAGCGAGUUCUGUAGAAGACCAUUCCGAGGUGCCCAAACCGAAGCCCCGGACCACUGCUGUGCCUAUUUCUGGCUAUAAGCCUCGUCUCGGUCCCAAGCCGUUCUCAGCGUCGACUGGCAACGAGGAAUUCUCUUUCGACAAGGUGUUCUCAGUGCCGGCUGUGCCUGGCCUACCCAAAUCUGACUCUGCAACGUCCCCUCUCUCGGGACCCACGGCCACUACUCCUGUAUCUACUCCACCGGUCGUCAAAGAGCCUGUUGAGGAGAAAGAGAAGUCUCUCUCGCCGACUAGCGACGUAGACGUGGCUCCUAAUAAAGAAGAAUAUACAAACGGAAAAUCGGACACGAGCUUAGAAGAAGAAGUCAACUCUUCCGAUUCGGGGUACCGACCAAAGACACCGAGCACUGCUGAGAGAAGAAAGCUUUUCGAGACUACUGAUGGCAACAACCAAUCCAUAGCAGAUCGCCGCCGUGCUUACGAGAUGCGAUCUGUGAGCGUUGCAGUCGAAUCUGAGACCCCGCCCUCUCCCGCUCCGCUAAGACGCAGAGACUCCUUGAAGUCCCGCAAGAGUCCCGACCGUGAAGACAAGAGAGCAUCAGUCCCCAAUGUUGCCACAAAGAGGACUUCUACUGUGUUCGGUAAAGUGUCAAAGUUCCGUCACUUGAAGGGCACGCCCGCCCACAAGUCGCUGCAUGUGGAGAACAUCAAGAACAUCAGCAGACAGGUUUCUGGCGAGUGCAAUGGUUUCUAUGCUAACGGCGUCCAUUGCGCCGUUCCUCUCAGCGGGGGCGGAGGCCGCGUGGGGAUCAUCACCAUGCCCCUGGGGGCCACCCGCCGCGCGCGCGGUGCACCCCCUCUGCCGGGGGGCAUGGUGCCCCACGCGUUACUGCACCCCGCGCCGCUGCAGGACUGGGCGUGGGACCCCUUCGAUGACGAUCGCCUCAUGGUCGCUUGUGACGACGGGCUGGUGCGCGAGUGGAUAAUAGAGGAAGGCGGUUUACUAGAAUCAUCCAACGAACCGGAGCGCACGUUCGCCGCUCACCCGGACAAGAUCUACCUGAUCCGUUUCCACCCGACGGCUUCCAACCUGCUGACCACCGCUGCUCAUGACCUGACCAUCAAGAUUUGGGACCUGACCCCUGAAGUUCCAGUAGCGGCCAUUACCUUGACUGGACAUGGCGAUCAGAUAUUCUCCAUUGACUGGUCGCCGUGUGGCGAGUACUUGGCUACUGUGUGCAGGGAUGGAUUGAUCAGAAUAUACAAGCCGCGCGCAUCGACGGAGCCUCUCCGCAGUGGGCCGGGCCCAGCGGGCAGCCGCGGCGCGCGCGUCGUGUGGGCUCUCAACGCCACGCAUCUCGUCGUCACCGGGUUUGAUAAGGUGUCAGAGCGCCAGAUAUAUCUGUACAAGGCGUCAGAUUUGUCAGCCCCGAUCUGCACGGUGGGACUUGACGUGUCGCCUGCGAUCCUCCAGAUACACAUUGACCACGAUUCAGGCACUCUCUUCUUGACUGGACGGGGUGACUCCACAAUCUACUGCUACGAAGUGACGUGUGAGCCUCCAUACGUAUGCGCGUUGUCGCAUCACCGCGCCAUGACUUUACAUCAAGGUAUCGCGUUCCUGCAGAAGAAUAUAUGCGCUGUUGAAAAGGUUGAGUUCGCGAAAGCGUUGCGGCUUACAAAUGGUACCAUUGAACCAUUAUCAUUCACGGUGCCUAGAAUAAAGAGCGAGUUAUUCCAAGACGAUCUGUUCCCACCGACGCUGGUGACGUGGGAGCCGUGGCAGAGCGGCGCGGACUGGCUGGCCGGCCGCCUCGUGCCGCCGCGCACCGUCAGCCUGCAGCCGCCCGGCAUGGAGCCUCUGUCCGCGCAUACCACUGUAUCACCGGUGGCCCGCGAGCCGCGUGAGGCGCAGAAACCGAAGCCCGACCUCAUCCGCUCACACACGCCGCUCGACGCCAAGCAGAAGCAGGAAAACAUAAUGAAGUCCAUGAGCGCCAAAAUGGCGGUGGAUUUGAAAUUGGAACAAGACAGCAUGGAGGGCGUGGACGAAACGGAGUGGGACCAGUGAGGCCGGCGCGUGCAAUUCCACUAGUUGUAUCCUAAUCGAUUGUAUACCGAUUACCUUAGAUUCGAUGUAUCGACUAACCAUUGUCUCAUUCGAUGAUUAAGUUAACAGAUCAGACUAUUGAAAUUGAUUGCAGAAAGUUCAAUAUAAAAUUCAGAAGAGUAAUGAUUCCCGUAUUCGAUUAGAGAUUAUAAUUUCGAUGGCUUACAUUUCCUAACUCUUAGAUUGUCUUGCAGAAACAUAAAGACAGUGUGAUUUAAUGGGUAUAAAGAUACUCUUUAUAUCAUAUCUGAUCUUAGUUAAUUUAAUCAUCAAAUGGACUGGGUAGUGCUGAUUUUGAAACUCAUUUUUUGAAAAUUAGAUUUUGAGAAAUGAGUUUAAAAAUCAACUAAACUGUAUAAUACUUAUUAUUGUAAUUUUGAUAUCGAACCGAUAUUUUAGUCGAUUUAUAUUUAAAACGAUCGAUUAGUUAUUAGACCGGACGAGUAGGACCUGGUUGAUAUUAAUAAAAUAUCGACUACAUUGUCGAUUUCGUAACGUUAUACCGAUGUCGCGGGGCUUAAAUCGAUUGGCGUUUCGAAUGAUCUCUCGGUGGCUUCGUCCGUUAAGAUUUUUGUACGGAAAAUCGGCAAAUCUACUAACAUAUUUCCCAAAAGCGCCAGCAUAGAUAAAUCGUGGAUUUUCUGAAAGUAUUUUUAUACUUUUCGUACUAGAAUACGUCGAAUAUUAUGUUUUUAAGGCGCACAAUGCAAUAUCGUUAGUAGAUAGGCCAGAACUACAACUCAAUAUCUGAGAUUCCAUUUACACGAUAAGAUUUUGUAAAAUUAAAAAUAAGGACGCUUCAUUCCAUUUGUGUUGUACGAAAUGUGUUCGUGAAUACGGCCAUUGGAAAUUAUUGUCCCAAGCUGUUCGAAUGUUUCACACAUUUUGACAAUGCAUCGUAUUCGCUUCGAUUCCAUAGGCCUUACAUAGUCCUAACAUAAGCUCAUGAUUCGACCAAGCCAUCUAACAUUUACUUCACCUGGUUUAUAAAAGUUAUUUAUUACAUUCCAUCGAAAACACUAAGUUAUUGAAGCAAUAAGUAUUAAACUUUGUAGAUACUCAAAAUCACAGAACGAGGCUAAUGAAUACAGGUACGCAAUACUCUUUAGUUUUCAUAAUGUUUACCAAGUUGUAUGUGUUAGGUAAAAUGCAAUAAUUUAAUUGGUAAAUCCCUCCGUCCUUCGACAAUUUUAUCAAUUUUUCCAUGUGUAAAUUAAUAAUUUAUCAGGCUUUGCGUCGUAUCGUAUAGUGUAAAUGACCUAAAAUAUGUUAGGCCAUUUACACAAUAUGGUAUUGUAUGUUGAAAUGAUCUCUUUGGCUCUCUGCUUUAAAUUUAAAUUUUAAAACGUGAGUAUUUAGUUCGAUAUUCAUCUAUGUUGUAUUCUAAUAUAAAACGUUUGACAUUGUAUUGGGUGAUAUAUUUAUUUUGUUUGACAAACCAUGAUCACACAGCAGUAUUUCUGAUUCUCAGACAUUCUCUGACUUUAAAAUAAAUACAGUAGCUCUUUCCUAAAAAGAACUAAAAAAAUCGAUGCACAAGUAAUCAAUCUUAAAGAUAAAUAUUAUCUAUAAUUUAAUUUAACUAAUCAAUACACAACCCUAUACCCAAUGAACACAUAUUUUAUAGAACUUUUUCUGGAGUAAUUUAAAUAAAUGUCGGUAUAAAACUAGCUUACAUAACAUUUAAAUCCUAGUUGUGACAUAGGUACUGUAUAAUAUUCACAAGUAUACAUGUGGUGCGAUUCUUGUAUAUUACCGAUAUUAUUUAACAGUCAUUAAAUUGUGUCAAGAUAAACAAUGUGCAAAGAACGACACACUGGGGGUCAAUUUUAUUUUAUUAAAAUUACCGCAAUAUAUUUACGAAUAUAUUAUUAUUUUUACACACAGCCUCACCUCGAUUGUUGGAAGUCAAAUGACCAAUACGAAUCGCGGAAAUCUUUUUCGUAUUCGAUUGAUUAUUUUAUUUCUAUGAUAUUGGUAUGCUGUAAAUUGAUUCACUGUGUAUAUAAAGUAUCAGGCUGAAAUGACGUUCAAACAAAAUAACAUGGUAUUGAAUAAUAGACAUUAUGUUACAAGCGAUAAGGAUAAUAAAUACUCUCAUUAUUGUUUGAACGUCACUUUAGCCUAAAUCCAACGACUACAUUAAUAUGCCUAUUUAUUAUUUGUACGUUUCUAGACAAGUUUCUAAUUCAAUACGGUUAUAAUAGACCCCUACAGAACCGUGAUCUCGAUGUUACGACCAAACUUAGCGUACGCAACCGUGCUCACUCGAUGCUCACUUUAUAAUAUUGUUUUACAACAGGCGAGGUUGGUUCACAUAUUAUUAUCUAUGCAAUAUUGGUUAAAGUUGCUUAAUUCAAAAUCAAUUCGAAAAUUGAUAAUUUUAGGCCCGUAUUAUGAAACAACGCUGAGAAUUCGCUUCAAUCACAAUCAUACAUUUUGUCCUGCGAUUGAUCUAAAUUCUAAACUGAUUUACUUUUGGUUACGGUUUUAAUUUUGGGGGUCGUUUUGUAAUGUGGAUCUUGGGGAAGACGUGCACUUAGAAUGACUUUGGACUUACUAAUUAUUCUUCGUUGAUUAUUGUGCCUAUUAUUGUUUUACCCGCAUUCUACAAACUAUGUUUCUACUAUAGCUAAAUUGUUUGAUUGUAGUUCGAUUUGUUCCGUAAUUUAACCAAUCAGUUAAAACAUCGUUGGUGACUGUGGGCGUUAACCUCGCCUGUUACAUUUGAUUGUUCUCACACGCCAUAUAAAUGCAUUUAUUUAUAAACUUUGUAUGUAUUAAAGAUAGUGUUUGUACUUUUAUUUGUAUCAUAAGGAAACAUAGGGUACUCAUACUUAUUAGGGAAUUGAGGUUAAAAUGUAAUCAUUGUAUCUAUAGUGCUCAUUAAUACAACUGUUUUAGGGUUAUUGCAAGUAUGUAGGAUGAAAAAUGGCCAGUUUUUCAAUUUGUAAAAUGAAUAUGUAUAUUAUAGUCUGGUCCGUGAGCACGUAGAAUUUUGUCUAAUGACCCCAAGCUACCCGUCCUUAUGCGCGUAAUUAUGUUGCUAUCGCGCUCGCACACUCACUGCGGGUGCCAGUCGCACAGUCGCGACAGCAAUAUAACGCGCGAGCGAUAAGGAUGGGUAGCUAGGGGUCAUUGGACAAAAUUCUACGUGCUCAAGGACCGGGCUUUAAAAAGAUCAGUUGUUGACUGAAAUAUAUGCUCAAAAUUUUCAAAUUUCCAAUCUAUAUUUUUAUCACUUACAAUCGUGUUAAUGUAAAAACAUAAUACAUAUUUAGACAACCUCUAGCACGUUACUUUAGUUCUUUCAAGGAUUCGUGAGGGUGCUCAUUCAAUGGGUGCGUUCACGUGUAAUGUAAGAUUAGAUUUUGAACUUUUCAUGGAAACAUGUACGCUCAAAAUAGAAUCUUACAGAUACAGGAUACAUUACACAUGAUUGCUCCAAGUGAAUGGGCACCUUAUCAUUGAACUUUUUUGUUUAAAAUAUAUCGUUCAUCCUACGUAUUUGUAGUUAUUCUAGAACAUGUAUAGAUAGAUAUGCUCGAGAUUAGUACCGCUAGUGGAUGCCAUAAGACGACACGUUUUGCUCAAAACGCCAAAGAGUUUGUUUUCUUGUCAACAUUUGAAUUCUUUAUUUACAAGUUGAAAUAUUUGAAAAUUUAAUGUAAAUUUUUAGUGGACGUAGAAUCGAUUGGUGUCGAAAUUAACCACUCGCUUAAUUUCGGAGAGCUACGAGCUAGUUCAUGAUUAAAUAACAUCAUGUAUGGUACGUACAGACUUAUCUUAUGACGUAUCUCUAAAUUACAGUUUUUCAAAUGACACUAAUUGAGUGGUCUAAACAAACGUUCUCUCAAUAGUCUCAUGUAAAUAUUAUACAAAGAAAUGGCUCUCAAAAUAUUCUUUAUAGUGGUGACACAAGCUAUUUAUACCUAUCUCUAUCGCACAUUAUUAUACUGAUAGAGGUGUCAAGUAAUUACGAAUGGAAUCUCAUAAUUUAAAAAAUAAAUUGGAUAAGUCCUUAGGUACAUCAGUGGGGCUAAAAACCACGAACUCCGAAAUAUUGCCCUCUCGCUUACACUUAUUAACGCGCGAGCAGGACGAAAUGGAGUUUCAAUCUUUCUAAUUACUUAAUAUUACUAAUAGUUGUAAUUUUAUUCGCUAGUCAAAAAGUUAUCCUUUAUAAAGUCUUAAAUAUGUCUAAAUGUAUUAAACAUUAUUAUUUUAUAGUUAUGAUUUGUGUAAUUAUUUUAUUUAAGUCGUAACCAAUUUGGUGUAUAAUACUACAAUAUCGAGAAGUAUACUACAAACUCAUUAUAAAUGAAAUGUAAGUUUUCUAAAUGAUUUAAUCACGAUGUAAUUUAAUUUAGCGGCGUAUAAAGCACACGUAUUCAUAUCAAGUAUUGUCAUUUGUCACCUAAUCACUGUAUUACAGUAUAUUUUAAGGGUACGCACCUUUGGUAACCAGUAAGUACUGAAUUUUCGAGGAACGUUUAAAAUGAGUGGAUGAGAUUUUUUUGUAUUCUAAAAUGAAUUAUUUAUAUGAAUGUUAUGUGUAAAUUUUAAAUGAAGUUUGGAAAUAGUCUGAUAAUAAUAAUAUGCGCACAUUUUAUGGUAUUUGGAACAUUUAUAUGAUGUCAAAAUAAUAUGUUUUUGAUCUAGAAAAUUUCAAGAUAACGUUUUUGAAGUGAUAUUUUUGUUAUUUGGUAAUUUCACGGUUCCGAACACCAUAAAAGUUCGUAAAAGCACAAAUAGAUUUCAGCGUUGGCUUUCAAACAAACCACUCCCGCACCAUAGUUGUGAAGUGACAAUAAGUAAUUCAUUUCCAAACCCCACACCUUACAUAAUAUACAAUUUUAUUGCAUUUUUUUCGUGUUAUUAUUAUUAAUAUAUUUGGAAAAGCAGUGCCAAUAAAUGCAUUUAAUAUUUGUAUACAAAAUUGGCAUAGUCAAAGUAAUUUUAUUACUAGGAAAUCCAUGAAGUCUGACCAAAAGUGAAAUGUAGAUUCCAAGUUAAUAUAUGCCACAAAAAUGCGACCAAAAGUUGCGAUUUUUCAUAUUUAGCUUUUGCGUAAAAUGAUUGCUGCUGCCGGCGAAAUUGGAUGAAACUAGAAUACACGUGCAAUCGUUACUGGUUUGGUUGCAUCUCUGUGGCGAUUUAACAGUGAGACCCUACCCAAAGGUUGUUUAAUUGACAGGGUGUCAUUUGAUGACCAUUUUGUGAGCAUUUUGGUCUGGCUGCCGUAACAAACCAGAGUGUGACUAUUUACCAUUGGCCGCGUGUAACAUAGAUCCCCUGAUUGUGUGAGUGCGUGUAAUUUAUGUAUUUCGGAUGUAGGACCUAGUGUAAGGCUCAAUAUUUGGAGAUAUUUUUAUUUUGCAUUUUUUUAUUAAACUCUUGCUAAAUUUUCA